AGAGUGAGACACCGACAGACCGAGAGGACCGGAGCGGGCAGCGCGUGACACCGACCCCCGUUAACCGUCAUGACCUGUGGGAUUAUUACAGCUGCGCGCGACGCGAUGCUGAUUAACAUCAUCUGUGUGCUGUUCGUGUUGGAUGUGAGCGUGUGCGACUCGGAGCUCGGCCCUCCCGGCUGGAGGGAACCUCUGGACUGUGUCAGAGCCUCAGAACUCUGCAACCAGAACAACCAGUGCAGCUCCCGCUACCGGAUCAUGCGCCAGUGCCUGUCGGGCGGCGACAAGGAGCGCAGCGCCAUGCUGGCCUCCAGGGAGUGCCAGGGGGCGCUAGAGGUGCUGCAGGACUCGCCGCUGUACGACUGCCGCUGCAAGAGGAACAUGAAGAAGGAGCUGCAGUGUCUCCAGAACUACUGGAGCAUCCACAUGGGCCUGACUGAGGGGGAAGAGUUCUACGAGACGUCUCCGUACGAACCCAUCCACUUCUCCGAGGAGUUCAGGCACGCCUCCAUUAUCUCAGACUCAUCCCUGUCCAAGAUGAGCCCCUGCUCCGAGGCUGGGAAACCCUGUAACCCGUGUCUGGACGCGGCCAAAGCGUGUAACCUGAACGAGACGUGUAAACGCCUGCGGUCCGCCUACAACUCCAUCUGCAGCAAGGCCACGCCCCCACAGGCCACCUCUGCCAAUCAGGAGCCCUGCAGCAGGAAGAGGUGUCAGAAGGCUCUCCGUCAGUUCUUUGAGCGGGUCUCCUGGGAGCUCAGCUAUCCUCUGCUGUUCUGUUCCUGUCCAGACCAGGCCUGUGCGGAACGCCGCCGUCGGACCAUCGUUCCGUCCUGCAGUCACCAAGAACGCCACAAACCGUCCUGCCUGGAGCUGAGGCGCACCUGUCGCUCCGACGCCCUCUGCAGGUCCCGGCUGGCUGACUUCCACAUGAACUGCCAGAUGACUCCUCACUCCGUCACCAGCUGUCCUCAUGAUAACUUCCACGGCUGCCUCAUGUCCUACGUCGGCCUCAUCGGCUCCGAUGUGACGCCCAACUACAGCGACAGCAGCCCGUCCAACAUCUCCAUCAGCCUGUGGUGCAGCUGCAGGGGAACCGGAGCGCAGGAGGCCGAAUGCGACGCUUUCCACCGAGACUUCACCCACAACACCUGCCUCAAAAAUGCCAUCCAGUCGUUCGGUUACGGUUCAGAGGGAGGAACUCUCCUGGUGACCGAACCUUCGUCCACCUUCCUGCCUCCUGCCCAGCCGCCAAUCAUCUCCAAGCCCGCCCCCUCUCUCCAUGGAAACGCCAUCAAGCCCCUGGACAGCGCCUGCAUGUUCUCCACCUGCGCCAACCUGCAGGACGGAGGUCAGAAGUGCGUCUCCUCUGAUGACUUUGAGUGUGAGGAGGCUCUGCUGGUUCAGGGUUCCAUCGACUCUCAGGACUCUUCAGGUCCGACCAGCGGUUCGUCUUCAGUCCUGAACGUCGCCUCUGUGACUCUGUGUGUGAUUCUCCUCUCCGUCUCAUUAAUGUGACUGCACACACACAUAAACACACACUUACACUCACACACACUAACACACACUGUUAAAUAUCAACCAACACUGACAUUGACGUCUUUCUGAGGGAGAAUCUAACGGAGGAUCGUCUGCAGAGGAAGAGAUGGACUCUGUUUUUGUGUGAAAAUAAAAACAAACACACACAUAAACACACACACACAUACACACACUUCUGGGACUGUGGAUCACGGUGACUUCGUGUCUUCGGGGCUUUGGGAGCGUUUUGUGCAGCUCGGCUCGGACUCACUGCCUCCAGCCUUUCUGGACCAGAGACAGCUGGGCGGGAAAACGCUUUGGCUGGAAACCACACUAAACACGCGCAACAAACACACACACACACACACACACACACACACACACACACACACACACACACACACACACACACACACACGGUGGGACAACACGUCUUAAAGUUGGCAGCGAGUGGACGGGGCUGGACAGAUGGGACCGAUCCUUCAGCUCCAUCCAUCACUAACUGGACCUCUGGUGGCAAGAAAUCUAUACGACAGACACACAACAGACACACAACAGACACACACACUUCCCCUCAGACCUCGUUAACGGGCGAACAGGGUCCCCACACGGACGCCAACCCUCCUGCCGGGUCUUCAUCCUCAUGUCGUCAUUCUGUACAAACUCCAUUCGAUGUGGAAACCGUCCGAGUCUCCUGGACGACUGUAUAGUUCACAUGUGUAGCGUGUAGUUGUGCGUCUGUGUGUGCACGAGUGUCUGGAUGUGAGUCUCCGGAAGGAAUCAGCCGAGCAGCAAACUGAGGUCAGACAGUUUCACAGUUUGUGGUUUGAUUUUGAGUCUUUAGCAGUUUGACUUUAGUUUAAAAUCUGUCGUUUUUGUCAUUUUCAGAACAGAAAUCUAAAUAUUUGAUGGAUUUUAGGUUCUUAAAUAUGAGAAUAUUACAUUUUUUCCAUUUUGUGUUCCAGUUUGUUGAAUAUUUGUGGAUGUUGGAUGUUUAUUUGGAGUGAACUGAGUCUUCUGUGUCACUUCUGGCUCCUAGAAACUGAUUCAUAACCCCAAAAAAAGCCAAAAAUGGAAAUAAAUGUCUUAUGCUUCACUUUCUGUGUGGGACACAAGGUCGUUACCAGAUAGAUCUAACGAUUAAUUCGUUAUUUACCAUUUAUUUGAUCAUUUUAAAGAGAAAAACUGAAGAUUCUCUGAUUUCAGCUUUAUAUUUUUUGGUUUCUUUUCCACUAAACUGAAGAAAAAGUUGUACAAUUGCCAGUAAAAGAUGCAAAAUUUUGACAAAGACACAAAAAAAUUGCUACAAAAAAACACGAAAACACCAAAAAAGACGAAACAACCACAUAAAAAGACAAAACUGCCACAAAUAGACAUGAAACAACCACAAGCAAAUGCAAAAUCACCACAAAAACACAUGAAAUCACCACAAAAACACACAAAAUCACCACCGAAAGAUGUGAAAUAACCACAAAAAGUUGCAAAAUUGGCAGUAAAAGAUGCAAAAUCAUAACAAAAACACCCAAAAUUGCUACAAAAACAGGCAAAAUGACCACAAAAAGAUGUAGAAUUACUACAGAAAGACAUAAAUCACCAAAUGAAGAUGCAAAUUCCCAACAAAAACUGCUAAAUCCCGUCAAAAACACAACAUCCCCACAAAAAGAAGCUAUAAAGAAGAUGUAAAAUCACUGUAUAACAAAGCCAAACCACCUCCUUGUCAUUUUGCUUCAGACUCACAGAGAUUCACAUGUUUAAUCCACAACUUAACUACAUUUCCUCUCAUAAUAAACCCUGUUACUGGUUCAAUUCUUUAAAAUCUGAUCUCUGAUGGAGUUCAGAUCUGGACCGAAGCUCCUCAAACACAUUUCUGAUUCUUAGAAGCUGAACUCAAGCAUCAAAUCUAGAAGUUCCAGCCUUUAAGGAGCAUAAAUGACACAUUAAACAGAAAGUUCUGCAGCUUCUCUUUGACUCUGACACAAAAACUCUUAAAAUAGCUUCAGGGCCGAACGACGGAGAGAAAACAAGACAAAAUUGGGUUAGAGACACUCAGCGAGGACUCGACUUUCACAGAGAUUCACUGGAAACAGCAACGAAACAACAGAAUCAGAACAUUAACAGAUCAUUUUUAAUAAAUUUACUGUCAGACAUGUCCGAGGAUGAUCCUCUGAACUGUGGAGGGAAAGGAUUGUGGGUCAGAAAAACAAGACGGCCGCACACGGUGGAACAUGUGACUGGAUGUAGUCGGACGUUCUUGUGCUUCUUUCAACAGAACUCCUAACAGAAAGUCGUUUAAACCAAGUUUCUGGCAAUCGAGUAUCAACCCCCACCGUUAGCCCGUAGAACAUUGCUACUCAGCAACAUGGACGCCACUGUUAGCAUCGAAAAGCCACGAGGCUAACCAAAAAUGCAGAAAUUACCAUGAUAAGACAAAAAAUCACCACAAAAAGAUGUGAAAUAACCACAAACAGAUGCAAAAUUACACAAAAUUACCACAAAACACACAAAAUCACCACAGAAAGAUGUGAAAUAACCACAAAAAGUUGCAAACUUGCCAGUUAAAGAUGCAAAACCACAAAAAACACACAAAAUUGCUAAAAAAAAUAGGCAAAAUUACCACAAAAAAGACAAGAAAUCACCAAAAAAAAUGAAACUACCACAUAAAAAGACAACAUUGCUACAAAAAGAUGCAAAAUCACCACAUAAAGAUGUAGAAUUACCACAGAAAGACAUAAAUCACUAAAUGAAGACGCAAAACCACUACAAAAAACACAAGCUCAGACAGGAACAGACAGGAAGUUGGUUAGGAACAGACAGGAAGUUGGUUAGGAACAGACAGGAAGUAGUUUAGGAGAAGACAGGAAGUAGUUUAGGAACAGACAGGAAGUAGUUUGGGAACAGACAGGAAAUCGUUUUAGGAUUGUUGUACAUGACAGAUCUUUAAAUCCGAUCUUUUGUUUCUUCGUUUGCUUGAAUUCAAACCAGUUAAAUUUCGAUUCUAAACGUUUCUCAGUUUCCUGUUCGGCUGUUUUUAAAUGAUUUUUAGUUUUGCUUCCAUAAACGUGUUCAACCUGUGUGUGUGUGUGUGUGUGUGUGUGUGUGUGUGUGUGUGUGUGUGUGUGUGUGUGUGUGUGUGUGUGUGUGUGUGUGUGUGUGUGUGUGUGUGUGUGUGUGUGUGUGUGUGUGUGUGUGUGUGUGUGUGUUUCUCAGUGUGUACUUCUUUACCUCUGGACACUGUGGGUAUUUUUUAUUUUCCUAGAAGCUGGAUGAGGAACAUCACGUCUGACAGAUCAGCGUUCCUGGUGUUCUUCCUUCUGACGCUCUAGAGAGGAAGGUUAGCGCCCCGCUAGCAGCUAAAACAAAUGCUAAAACUAGUCUCGUCAAGCUAGCUCUGGUUAUUCAUGAUCCCAGAGGAUGAAUCAUGGUAGUUUUGUGAUCCACAAGUUCUUAAACAGCAACAUUAUCAAGGAAAAGUUGCACACUUUCAUUGCAAGAAAUCUGAAAAUCAGUCAAUUCAUGAUCCCCAGAGGAGGAACCCAACUGUCCAUGGUGACCCUGAUCUUCCUACAAACAAGCUGAAAGCUAAAAUUUUAUGUCAAAAUUAUGAAUCGAACAUUUUAUUUUGAGAACAUUAGCAGGGUAAAACAUCUUACAGAGCAUGUUGUGGAUAUUCAUGAUCCCCAGAGGAUCUUUCUCGAGACCCAAAUCAAGCUAAUGCUAAUGCAAAGUAAGUAAAACAGUGCGUUAAUAAUCCAUAAAUCUCAAAAUCUGUCAGAUAGAAACAAUUAACCUUAAUUUCAUUCAGAUUUCCCAGAGGAUGAAGCAUUUCCAUUUGGAACAAACUAUGACAAUUCCUUUUGAACCAUCAGGAAAAAAAAUGAACUUUGUACAAAAGACCAAUUAAUCUACUGGCAGGAUUUCUAUCAUAUUUACUCUAAGUUAUUCAUGCUUCCCAGAGGUUGACCUCUAACAGGUUUGCUAGUCACUUAACUGUUUAAUUAGCAUCACCAACAGGGAGACACUUGAUUCAGAGUGACAUGUUUAUAGUGAUGCAUCUUAAUAUGGAUAUUCGUGGUCCCCAUAGGAGGAACCCAGCUUCUAAUGGUGACCCUGAUGGUUCUCUGGGGUUAUAAUCCUGCUCAAACUCCCCAGAAGAUUACACCAUCAGGAUCAAAUUUGACCUUUUGUACCAGUGAUAGAAAAAUCUACUAACAGGAUUUAAUUAAGUGAGUCAUGAUCCCCAGAGGAUGAUCCCUAACAGGUUUCCUGAUCCUCUGACCAUUUUAUUGGAACCACCAACAGGAAAUCGUUGGAUUUUGAGCCACAUUUUAACAGUGAUACAUUUUAAUAUUGGGAAUAUUCAUAAUCCCCAGAGGAGGAAGCCAAAUGAUGUUCUACACCCAUAAUUACGCUCAAAUUAAAUUUUGUUCUCCAGAAUGAAAGUGAGUGAAGGUGAUUGACUGUAACAUUCCAAAAAUACUCAAAUCUAAACGCUACAUGUCAAUAAAUAAUACCAGUUUGAUUCAUACUCCCCAGUCGAUAAACCUUUCCAUCACCUCUCCUGUUGCAUUAUCAGGAAAAAAAAAGAUAGAAAAAUCCACAAAAAUCUGUAAAUUAUGGAUAAUCUUUCAUUUGAAUUCUCCUCAGGAUCAAUAAAAUACCUACCUACCUAUUCAUGGUCCCCAGUGGAGAUCAUUAAAACCCUUCAGUUUUAAUUUAACUGUGAAUUUCUCUCCAGAACAAACAAGUUUAUGUAAAACACACAACGUUUUAUCAUCUCCAAAAAAGAACCAAACCAGGAAAAAUCAAUGAGGAACAAAAGAGGAUGGAGCCCUGAGGGAUGCCACGGGUGGUUUCUUCUGAUUAUCAAUACCAUCUGAUCACCAAUUACAGAUCAAUCAAGUAAAGCCAUCAAGUCCAGUUUAAAUCCAGAAAUAAACCAAAAUCAGAUUCUUUGUUUACCACAUUUAUCAGGACAGAGUUCACACUUUUAACCCCUCAAUGGUGCUUUUUUAGAUGCUGCUAGCAGGGCGUUGCAUUUUUUUCUGAUUCUGCCGGUUAAAGAGCGAAUCGAGUGGAUGGGUGGAGGAACCAGUCGAUGACGAGGUUGUAAAUUUGCUGGUCUGUUUGUAAAGUCUAACAGCGCUACGACGGCGCAACUGAAAUAUGUGUGGAGAUAAAAUAAAGUAACAUCUGUAACAACA